AUGGCUUUCCCCUAUCCGACCAUAACGCUCGAAGAACAUUUUCUCGCGGAUGCAGUCAUCGACUUCUACGCGGCCAAUUCACGCCUCGACCCAUACAAGGAGACUAUCCUCUUGCAGAGAUGCCGAGAAAACCUGGUCGAGGUUGGGGAUGUACGCCUGAAAUCGAUGAAGGACAAUCAAGUAUCAAUGCAGGUGCUAUCGCAUGCUCCCAACUCGCUUGCACUUGACCUGGACACCUGUAUCAAGGUCAACAACACUCUGGCGCAGACGGUUCGUGAUCGGCCUGGGUCUUUUGCCGGUUUUGCGACCUUGCCUAUGGUUCAACCCGAAGCCGCUGACAAGGAACUCCGCCGCUGUGUCAACGAGCUGAAGUUCCUCGGGGCUUUAAUUGACAACAAUUGCAACGGUCGUUUUUAUGAUGAUCCUUACUAUUGGCCGGUCUUUGAAGCCGCGCAGGAGCUUGAUGUUCCGAUAUAUCUUCAUCCCUCGUACAACGAUCAAACCAAAUCGUUGAUGUUUGACGGUAACUAUCCAGACGCUAUCGCUCAGACGCUCAGUAUGUACGCUUGGGGAUGGCAUAGUGAAAACGCACUUCAUUUCAUUCGACUUUUCGCCGCGGGAGUCUUCGACAAGUUCCCCCGACUCAAGAUCAUUCUCGGUCAUAUGGGCGAGAUGAUCCCUUUUCAACUCGACCGCAUUAUCCGUGUCACUAGCCACCAAUGGCCGAUGGUAGGAGUCAAGCCAGAGCGGCAACUGCGACAGGUCUGGGACGAGAACAUCUGGAUCACAACCAGUGGAAUGUUUGCUAUUGCACCUAUGGCUACAGUCUUGAGGCAGUGCAAGCCUGACAGGAUUCUUUAUAGUGUAGACUACCCUUUCACACGUAAUGAAUGGGGCUUGCAAUUUCUGAAAGAUUUGAAAGACGAUGGACUAGUGACGGACGAAGUCUUGGAGGGUAUUGCCUACAAGAACGCGGAAAAGUUAUUAGGGGUAAAAGUCAGUCCUUUGGCUUGA